GUAAUGGAGGGAAGCGGAGCAGUUUCAUAAUAACCUUGGGUGGGAGGAGCUUUGUCAUUCUGGAAGCUCUCUGAAAGAGGAGCGACCAAUGACUGUAUAUGAAGGGAGCGACAGAGAGAGGAAAAUUGGAGCAACGACAAAAGUGAAAGAGAGAGCGAGAGAGACAGAGAGAGACAGGCUAGAGAUCUCCUGUCCGAAUCCCAUUUCCAAUAUAUAGUUUUACCUACCUGAUCGAGUCGCGUGUGUACGGGCACCAUGCGCGCUUUUCAAGGGCGAUAAAACUAUAUAUCAUUUUCACCUCUUUUGGUAUGUGAAUAAUGUACCGUAUUCGGAUGUUCUUUAGAAUAACAGUAUUUACAGUAAAUAGCUUGUUUUGUUUUUCAACUCAACAAGCUACACAGAGUUGUCAGCUGUAGUUUUUGCAGCGGGUUGUAAAGGCUAAGUGCGUUCUGGACUGUUGAAUACCGUGGAUCAGCGGGCGGGCACGCAACUCGGGUUGUUUAUAACGUUUGACAUUCCCACCGUAGGCUCCGAGGAAAGUAGCCUAGGUAGGAAACGGGGAAACCCGGGCAAGGCGGGGCCGAACCGCAGACAGCCAAAGGGAUUAUUGAAGAACUCACGUUGCCUUGAAGCUUCGCCCUGUAGCCGAUCCACUCGCAGAGUCGCAUCGUUUUGGGGUAACAAUAAUUUUCCACCCAUUGGAAUUUGGGGAAUCUUUAUUCCCAACUACUUGGUGAUUAGUCUACGCUUCAAGUAGCCUAGGCUACGGCGAACAAAACUAGUUUGUAUUUACACCUAUUUAACGUCGGUUGUGGUUAUUUGCUUUGGAAUAUACGUUCCAGGACGGAUUUGGGGGGAAUUAUUUCCCCAGACCCGUUGGACCAUGGCGGACGACGAUGUGCUGUUUGAAGAUGUCUACGAGCUGUGUGAGGUCAUUGGAAAGGGUCCAUUCAGUGUGGUACGAAGAUGUAUCAACAGAGACACAGGACAGCAGUUUGCUGUGAAGAUCGUAGACGUGGCCCAGUUUACCUCCAGCCCUGGUCUCAGCACAGAGGAUCUGAAGAGAGAAGCCAGUAUCUGCCACAUGCUGAAGCACCCUCACAUCGUAGAGCUAGUGGAGACAUACAGCUCAGAUGGCAUGCUCUACAUGGUCUUCGAGUUUAUGGAUGGUGCAGACUUGUGUUUUGAGAUUGUGAAGAGGGCAGACGCUGGCUUCGUCUACAGUGAGGCGGUGGCGAGUCACUACAUGAGACAGAUCUUAGAGGCACUGCGAUAUUGUCAUGACAACAACGUCAUCCAUCGAGACGUGAAGCCCCAUUGUGUCCUCCUGGCGUCUAAAGAGAACAGCGCUCCAGUGAAGCUGGGAGGGUUUGGCGUGGCCAUCCAACUGGGAGAGUCAGGACUGGUGGCUGGAGGUCGUGUAGGCACGCCCCAUUUCAUGGCCCCAGAGGUGGUGAAGAGGGAACCGUAUGGGAAGCCUGUAGAUGUGUGGGGCUGUGGAGUCAUCCUGUUCAUCCUGCUAUCUGGCUGCCUGCCAUUCUACGGUACUAAGGAACGCCUGUUCGAAGCCAUCUGCAGGGGAAAAUACAAGGUACUGAACCCCAGGCAUUGGGGACAUAUCUCAGAGAGUGCUAAGGACCUGGUGAGACGGAUGCUCAUGCUAGAUCCUGCAGAGAGAAUCACUGUCUACGAGGCACUCAACCACCCCUGGCUCAAGGAGAGAGACCGUUAUGCCUAUAAGAUCCACCUGCUAGAGACGGUGGAACAGCUGAGGAAGUUCAACGCCAGGAGAAAGCUCAAGGGAGCCGUACUGGCAGCAGUCUCCAGUCACAAGUUUAACUCCUUUUAUGGAGACCCACCAGAGGAGAUGUCUGACUUCCCUGAAGACCCCACAUCCUCAGGACUACUAGUAGCAGAACGGGCUGUGUCUCAGGUGCUGGACAGCCUGGAGGAGAUCCAUGCAUUGACAGACUGCAGUGAGAAAGAUAUAGACUUCCUACACAGUGUCUUUCAAGAUGAGCAUCUACACACACUCCUAGAUCUUUACGACAAAAUCAACACAAAGUCAUCUCCCCAGAUCAGAAACCCCCCCAGCAAUACUGUACAGAGGGCCAAGGAGGUACUGGAAGAGAUCUCUUGUUACCCAGACAACCACGACGCCAAGGAGCUCAGACGGAUACUGACCCAGCCUCACUUUAUGGCCUUGCUCCAGACCCAUGACGUGGUGGCCCAUGAGGUGUACAGUGAUGAGGCUUUGAGGGUGACCCCCCCGCCCACCUCACCCUACCUGAACGGAGAAUCUCCCGAGAACACCAACGGAGACAUGGACCUGGAGAACGUGACGAGAGUACGCCUGGUUCAGUUCCAGAAGAACACUGAUGAACCUAUGGGCAUCACGCUGAAGAUGAACAAUCUGAACCACUGUAUCGUAGCCAGGAUAAUGCACGGAGGAAUGAUCCACAGACAAGGAACGCUGCAUGUAGGAGAUGAGAUCAGAGAGAUCAACAGCAUCAGUGUAGCCAACCAGACAGUAGAGCAACUACAGAGGAUGCUGAAAGAGAUGCGAGGCAGCAUCACCUUUAAGAUAGUGCCAAGCUACCGGACACAAGGAUCUUCCUGUGAGAGAGAGUCCCCCUCCAACUCCAGGCAAUCCCCUGCCAAUGGCACUGGCCACUCCAGUGUUAACAGUUUUAUCUUGGAUCUGCCGUCUACCGUCCAACUCAAGAAUCGACAGAUGGUCGUACCCAGACCUCCAAUCAAGGAUAAAAUGUCCGUCAAGAUCUACGUGAGGGCCCAGUUUGAGUAUGACCCCUCCAGAGAUGACCUCAUACCCUGCAAGGAGGCUGGGAUUCCCUUCCGGGUUGGUGACAUCGUCCAGAUCAUCAGUAAAGAUGACCACAACUGGUGGCAGGGCAAGCUGGAGAACACUAAGAACGCCACCGCAGGGCUCAUACCCUCACCAGAACUUCAGGAGUGGCGUGUGGCGUGUAUAGCCAUGGAGAAGACCAAGCAGGAGCAGCAGGCCAGCUGUACCUGGUUUGGCAAGAAAAAGAAACAGUACAAAGACAAGUACCUGGCCAAGCACAACGCAGUAUUCGACCAAUUAGAUCUUGUCACGUAUGAAGAGGUAGUGAAACUGCCUGCGUUCAAGAGGAAAACACUAGUCUUGUUAGGGGCCCAUGGAGUGGGCAGAAGACACAUCAAGAACACACUAAUCACAAAACACCCCAACAGAUUUGCCUACCCAAUCCCACAUACAACCAGACUUCCUAAGAAGGACGAGGAAAACGGGAAGAACUACUACUUUGUGUCACAUGACCAGAUGAUGCAGGACAUCAGUAACAAUGACUACCUGGAGUACGGUAGUCAUGAGGACGCCAUGUACGGCACGCGGCUAGAGACCCUCCGCCAGAUCCACGAGCAGGGACUCAUCUCCAUACUGGACGUAGAGCCACAGGCCCUGAAGGUCCUGCGGACAGCGGAGUUUGCUCCUUACGUUGUUUUCAUUGCUGCACCAACCAUUACCCCUGGCAUCAAUGAGGACGAAUCAUUGCAGCAUCUUCAGAAGGAGUCAGAGAUUCUCCAGAAGACCUAUGCCCAUUACUUUGACCAGACCAUAAUCAACAACGAGAUAGAUGAGACCAUCAGACACCUAGAGGAGGCUAUAGACCUGGUCUGUACCAACGCACAGUGGAUCCCUGUGUCCUGGGUCUACUGAGGAAAAAACACCAAGCCCUCCUCUCCUCUCCUCUGCUUUCUCCUCCUCUCCUCUCCUCUCCUCCUCUCCUCUCGUCCUCUCCUCUGCUUUCUCCUCCUCUCCUCUCCUCCUCUCCUCUCGUCCUCUCCUCUGCAUUCUCCUCCUCUCCUCUCCUCCUCUCCUCUCGUCCUCUCCUCUGCUUUCUCCCCCUCCCCUCCCCUCUCUGUCGUACUGGACCUUUAUGAACAACACCUCUCCCCUCCCCUCCCCAUUGACUUCUCUUUAGCUCCCCCUCCCCUUCUCCCCCUCCUCAGCGAUGCAUCUCUGCGAAAACUCCAUAGAGAUAGAGGACUCCUCUUUAUAGCUGUGCCAUUAUCGCAUCUGUGACAGCAUGGGCAGCACCACUGAAGAAACAACCCAUAGGAAUCUCCACCCAGCUGACUACUUUGACUACUUUAAAAGGACCGAAGCAUGGUGGAAGCCCUUAGCUGCCCAUGCUAAUAGGACCUUUUGGUCACUUGAGGCCUCUAUUAUUCUCUAUGAAAAACUCACAUCAUUCCUUCAGGAAAAGAAAAGCACCUCAACCAAUCAGAAACCUCUGUGUACUGCACAUGACCUUCAGCAGUCAAUUGAAAUCCUCCAUCUACUGCAUUAUGACCUGCAGCAGCCGAUGAGAUUCUGCCCUUACAGACUACCUAGCCGUAGUGUUGUAUAAACAAAUAGAUAUAGUCAUGUCUGUAUUAGCUAUGAGGCAACAUUUUUGUAGAAGUUUGUUUUAAAGAGACAGUACUAUAUCUCCUCCCCUCGUAGUGCACUGCAGCCUUCUGCAUCCUGUUACCGGCUGUGGCCCCAUUACCCCAUUUUUCAUGGAUGUUGAGGUUUUUUCUCCUCGAUUACACCCACAGUGUCAUUGCAUUUCCGUACACCAGAAGUACAUUCAUUUCCAAUGGUACGCUGCGUUUGCCUUGCAGCAUUGUUUUUCAGAGGCAGUUGUAAUGCGUUCUGUGUGGUAAAAUACAUUGGCUAUAUUGAACGUGUGCAUGCUGGACGGCUUGACAAAAACGGUAGCAGAAGGUGAAUGUUGAACUUUUUGUUGCACACAUAUCCAGAUGACGCUGUGUAUCAUUUUGCGCAGUGAUGCUGUCGGUGUGAUCGAUGUGUCAGCUGUCUCUGUGUUGCAGCUCUUUUCCUGCAUAUUCUCUUUCUCUCUCGCUGGACAGACUGAAGAAAACCACACAAACACUCCAGCCUCCGUUUAUCUGGCUCUCAAACACCUCUGUAUUGAUCCUUUACUCCUCUCCUUUAUUAGUAGUGCUGAGAGAUUCAUUUCGGGUGAUGUAGGUUCAAUAACUUGAAUUCCAUUUAGUUCAUUUUUUUGUGUGAGCCCAAAUACACUGUUUCUCUAGAGAGAAAUCAAAUAAUUCACAAAAUAAAUCAACUCAAGAACUAUGUGGGCCACUUGGCUGAAGGGAGUUGUAGCUUUCAUUAAGCAAAUAUUAUUUGAAGAACUAGUAAAAGGAUUUUGUUAGACAGCUGUACAGCUAGCCUAGCUAAAUAGGAUGACUAAAGACAGAACAAUAUGAGGAGAACAGAGAAAACGUUAUCUGGCUGACUGCUACGGCCUGAACAGCGAUAAGAUGACUUUGAGGAAUGAAAAGUAACAACGUCAUCAAAUAAACACCAAGUAAUAUACACAACUGAAAUAUUGUAUUACUUCAGAGUAAUUUCCUAUGUUCCUAUCGAUGUCUACUCAAUGUGGACCUGACCGAGACAAUGGAAUAUUUGGAAUGUUUUCGCAAUAAGAAUGUUCACAAUUUUGGGCUUUGGAAUUUCCAUUCAAAUGAAGAAAAAAAAUUGUCAUUAUUUCAGAAUGCAUUUCAAAUCAAAUAAUAAUAAUUCAAACCAAAAUCGAAAAAUGUGAUUAUUUUUUAAGAAUCAAACCAAAACCGACCCGACCUAGAAAAGCACUAAUCCCUCAGCUCUAUGUAUUAGCCUUUAUUCUGAACUUUCUCUAAGCUCACUCUAUCAUUAUUCACGUAUUGUAGUUCAGUUUCAUCUUGCUUCAUUUUGACUGUACAUGUUAUCACCCCUCUCCACUGCAGACACACACUCACACCUCCACAAGAUACUGUCUCUUCUAAACAAAUACAGAAAUGUUUUAGAGAUUUGAAUGAGGUCUCGUGCAUGUUGGACAUUCGCAAGCUACACGCCAUCUGUCCGUCAAGGUCAGUCCAUCAGUGUUCCCAGUGUCCUGCUGUAAAAAAAAGCACUCUCUACUGAAAACCAACAUUCCACCAACAUUCCACACGUCUGGAAGACUCCACUUGACCAAAGGAAGCAAGGGGAACAGGAAAUAACCAUCAAAAAUAACCUUGAAGCCUAUGCACAUCCCUUGGCAUUUCAGACGACAUUUCUAAAACAACAGAUUUUUCCAAAUCGACCAUGGUAGCGAGAUCGAUGUGUUUGUUAAAAUAAAAUUGUCCUGAUUUGUUGUAUAAGAAAAUUAAGAGGAGGGGGUCAAAUUACAACUGAUUCCUGUUUUGCCAUUUCAGAAAUGUGUUGUCUGAGAGUACUAAUGUUUUAAUUCAGUUUAAUCAACGAUAGAUUAACCCGGAUUUGUAUUCUGGAUCAAAAAGGAUGUGUACACACUGCAUUCUGCAAGGUGAAGGCUUUGCAAAGGAACAGUAGGCAGUUUGUGUAUAUGAAUAACUCUGUAUAUGAAUGAUGAUGAUGAUAUAUGUAUGACUGCCCCAGUGUAAAAUAAUCUACAAUGAUAAAGUUCUUCAAUAUGAUUUAAAAAUAUAUAUAUUUCCUUUUGUGUUGAAAAUGUAA